ACUUGUAUUUCAAGUAUUUACAGUAGUUUUAAACACGAACAUGAGUAUAAAACAAGUUAAAAUCACCUCUGAAUACAAUUAAAGCUUCUAAAAAUGAACAAAAAGUGUCACAUGUUAGCAAAGGUAAAGGUAUAAAGGAGACGAGAUGACUAACGUUAAGCGAAAGAGGUUAAGUGCAUUCAUAUAUGUGAAAAUUAGUGGCAAGAGAAAUUGACAGAAAAUACUGCAGAAAAAAUUAUCUCUAAAACAGUAUUAUAAUUGUUGUAAAUAAAGAUGAGAAUGGAAAUUUUCAUAUUAGUAUUUAAAUAAAUAAAAGAUAUGCUAUACUUUCCCACUUCGGGAUAACUGCUGUGAUACGUUACCAUUACUGAUGCAAGAAUUUGUAAUUUUGUAUUAUUUAGAAAGAGAGAAUUAUUUGAUUCUAAAGUAAUGUCAAUUUUUCUUAAAACUGAGAACACAGUGAUGCUAUGGCACUAUUCAUUUAUUAGGUCCUAUGAUAAAAAUCUAUAUAACACUACUGUAUUUUACUACUGUAAAAAAUAAAAUAAAGGAUACAAAAUAAAUAUUUGAAAAUUUUGACUUUAGAUUCGAUUAACUGUGUUACAUAUGUAUAUAUUGAUUAUAAAUAUAGAAAAAAUCUGUGCUAUGUAUACAUAUAUAUACUGUUAUAGGUAUACACUGUUAUACAUUCUAUUGUAUUGAACUAUAAUUGUCUCGUUGCAUUAGUAUUUAGUGUCAUUUAUCAUAACAAUAUUUCAUAACUCGCGCGAAACUUUUGGAGAGGCCAUAUUGACUAGGUUAUGUUUACACCGAGGCGAGAGUUAUAAACAUUGUUGCCAAAUUUAUUUUCACCAUGGCUUGCAUCUAAAGUAGGCUGCGAUGCUACUCUCGACUCGUCAACACGUGUGUUCGUGAUUCUCUGUUUUUUCUCUUGAAAUCCUUUCUUUUUGCGUCUUCCUCUUGCGAACAGAACUCGAACGCGGUAAUGGAGGAGGUAAUCGAUCAAACUAUCGCUACAGAGCAGACAUCGGGAGAGUGCCUGAGUCAUGAAGAAGAGGACAUUAAAGUAAUCAUAGAUGCUCCCAUUAACGAAGAAAUGUUAAAACACGAAAACGGGGAUAACGAUUGCCUUGAAAAUAUUUCAACGGUAGAACACGAUUAUAUAUUGCAGCAAGAAUGUAUAUUAUCUAGCACGAAUGAGCAGGAGCAGCAACAACAGCAGCAGCAUCAUCAUCAACAACAUCAACAUCAACAUCAACAUCAACAUCAACAUCCCUCCGGAGAAUCGUUUCAGCGAGAGGAUUGCACCGAAUACGUAGAUCUAUUGGUAAAAGCAGCUGAUGCAACGACAAAACAAGAAGAUGAGGAGGAAGAUGAAGAAGAAGAAAAAUCGGAUAUUACGAACACGGUUGUUCAGCCAGAUGCAGAUUCUCAGUGUCAAAAUGAAACGAGAAGAAGCAAACGUAAAUUAGUUCGGCGAAAUUUUGAAACGAGACGAGAUUCCGACGAGGAAAACUAUUUUGAAAAUUUGAAUUUAAGCUCGAGACUGAAAAAAGGUCAGUCCUCCGAUCAAUCGGAAAAAAUUUUUCUAUGUUAUCUGUGCGACAAAGAGUUCUUGUCGAAGAAUGUUUUGAAGGAGCAUAUGCAUUCUCACGAAGAAGUUAGGAAGGUAUUGUCUCUGAAAAAAACACCGGAUACACCGCAAAAGAACGUUUAUAAUGUUGCAAAGUCUCCUCCAUCGGGUAAGAGAUCAAACAAGUGCCCGUAUUGUGGCAAACAAUACAUAUAUAUAACCUCGUUUAGUAAACAUUUGAAAAAACAUGAAAGGGAGAAAGAAGAGGGCAAGGAAGAAUCAAUGCCCUUAGAAAUAUCAUUCCACGAAGACGAACAUAGUCUAGAUCUUGAUAAUUAUAAAGAUGCACGUCGGCAUUUGGAUAACGAGUAUCGGAAAAAAGUCAAACAAAAAGAGGUGGCUCUAGAAGAGCAUAGAGAGGAAGAAAGAAGGAACGAGGUUAAAAGAGGCAAUAACGGUGGCGGUGAUGGUGGUGGUGGUGGUGGUGGUGGUGGCGGCGGCGAAGGAGGAGGAGGAGGAAAUAACAACAAUAACAACGAUGAUGAUGACAACCACGACGACGACGACGACGACUACGACGAUAAAAGACAAGUGGGUAAUUUGAUUAAAAAAGAGGAACAGGAGAAUCGCAAUGUCCGUACAGAAACGUUUGCAUGCGACAAGUGCGCAGAGAAAUUUUAUACAAAACGUGGCUUACAAAAACAUGCGAUUUCGCAUGUUGUUCUCAGUUGCAGCAUAUGCGAAGAAGAAUUCGAUUCACUGGAAAAAUUAAGAAACCAUCGUGCGAAGCAUGUGGUUGAAGGUGUUCUAACUGAACAAGAACUUGAGAUGGACACAGAGUAUCCAAUUAAUAAGGAAACGUGUGAUUACGAGACAGAGGAUAAAGAUAGCAUAGACAGGAAUCACAGGAUGGAAAACAAAUCAAUACCAGGAUUGUUGGAAACAGAAAAUAAUUUAUCGAAGAAAAAUGAUAGAAACAUGGAGACCCAUCGUCAUUCGGGGAUUGACUAUAGUUGCAAGGUGUGUUGCCAACGAUUUGCAAUGAAAGAAAUGUUGCAAAAACACACGGAACAGCAACAUGAACGUGUAAAAACUUACAAGUGCACACAAUGUAACAAAACAUUUGGUAACGAACUUACUUUACGCAAUCAUCUUAUAGCUACUAAUCAUAAAACUUUCCUUCAUGGGCAAGAAUAUGACCCAAAUAAACGUAUUAAAAGAGUUGCUGCGAGAGCUGCACAAAAAAUUAUCGAUAAAAUUAAAACCGAGGAUGGUUUGGAAGAUUUCGACGAGGAAGAGGAAAAUAUCGAUAAAAUUAAUCGUGCUAAUGUUACAGAUAAUAAUUAUAGUCGGAAUAAGCGAGAAAUAUCCUCGCAUAAGAGACAUAAUCAUAAGAAAGAAUUGGAAUGUGCCAGUUGCAAUAAAAGAUGCAGUUCAAAGCAAUUGUUAACAAAACAUAUGGAGCAACAUGUAAAAGACGAGCAACAACGAGUGGUCAAGUCGGAAAAGCAAAAGCAAUCGGCAGAUAAGAAAGAUUGGCAAAAGGACUACGCUAAUGAGGAGAUGUACCAUAAAGAGAAUAGAGAUGACGAUUAUGAUUCGGAUUUUGAAAGUGGUUUGGAUUGGCCAAUGGAUAAUCACGAGUGCCCACAGUGUAAAAAACGAUACAGCACGAAAAAAUCAUUAUUACGUCAUCAAUUGUUGCACGAAGAUCCGAAUUUCGAAUGCGAUAUUUGCAAUGUUAAGUUUUACCGCAAAGACAAACUAAAGGCCCAUUAUGAUAAGUGUUCGGAGAAGAACCCCGAUCAAGUGAGAAAGUGCAAUAUCUGCGGAGACACGUUUGAGAACAAUGAGAUUCUGCGAGAACAUAGAUCGAAACAUGUUACCGAAGGCAUUCUUACGGAAGAAGACCUGAGAGAUAUCGAACCGCGACCCGAGGAGAAAAAACCAGGUGAAAAGAUUGGUAGGAAGAGAAGGACUGAUAUCGUAGGUUUAGAGUGCACGGAAUGUAACAAGCAAUAUACAUCGAGAAAAGGGCUUUUACGACAUAUUCAAGUCCACGAAGGAAAAAAGUAUCUGUGUGAUAUAUGUCCAAAAAAAUUUUAUAGAAGGGAACAUUUAAAGAUACACGUAGCUAAACAUAACAUGAUUAAGCCAUAUAAGUGCACACGAUGCACAAAGCGUUUCAUUAAAGAGGAACAGUUGACAAAUCAUUUGUCAAAGCAUGACCGAACUUUCAAGAAGAAUAAAGAAACGGACAGCUCGAAAAGAUUCCUUUGCGAAAUUUGCUCGAAAAGUUUUACGCAAUCGACGACGUUGAUUGCACACCUUCGAGCACAUAAUGGUAUAAAACCAUACGUUUGCGAAGUUUGUUCGCGACCGUUCACAACUAACGCUUAUUUAAAAAUGCACAUGAGAACGCAUACGCAAGAACGACCGUAUGUUUGUCAAUAUUGUUCACGAGCAUUUGCUAGAGCCGAUACGCUUGCUAAUCAUUUGACUUCGCAUACAGGUGAGGCUAAAUAUCAUUGUAAGUACUGUCCGAAAAACUUCCGUCGUCUGAAGUCACUUAAAGAACACGUCUUCAUCCAUACUGGUCAAAGACCUUAUGCCUGUCCAACCUGCGAUAGACGGUUUAACAACAACGGAAGUCGAUAUGCUCACAGUAAAAGAUGUAAGCAAACUUUUGUUCAGAAUCAAAAUCGUGCUCAAACACUAACCACGCAAGUACAGGCUACGCCUCAAAAUCAACAAAGAGUGCUACAACAGACUACUCUUGAACAAGGACAAAUAGUAAAGGCACAAAAUAUUAAAACCAUUACUAUCACUAAACCUGAAUCAGUCGCCACUCAACAAACGGUUAUGCAACUUCAAGAGAUAUUAAUGCCUUUGAUCCUUCCUCUUACAGUCACUCUUACGGAUGUCGGUGAGGAAGUAAUAUUACCAGAAGGAACCAAAAUAUUUACUACAUCAUAAGUUGGGAUAAAACUUUUCUAUGUAUUCAUCAGAUUGUUUCUUUAAUUUCCAUUCAUAAAACGAAAACUCUUUCUCAGCAUCACACAAAGAAAGAGAGGGGGAGGGGAAAUGUGAUUGAAAUACUGUCUUUGACUUUGUAUUAUACAUUGUAUAUCUCUGUUUAUAUUUAAAUAUGAGUCGUAGCUGUUGUAAAAAUCUAGAACAAGAAGAAAGGAAACAAAAAUGCAGUUGAAUGAAAAUUUAUUUUACUUGUAUGUAACGGAAUCGUUUUAAGCAUAAAAGAAAACAGGAGAUCCUGUAUCACAUAGUUUCGAAUCAAUUUAUUUAAACAAUUGUUUAUUUAUGUGUUUAUGUGUACGACCAUGCGUACAUGUCCCUCUACUGCGUCUAUAUGUGUCUCUUUUCUCGUCAGUUAUUGUUGAUUAAAAAAACAAUUAUGAUUGCGAUCUGUAGGCACGCAAAUAUAUAUGUAUAUGCGUAAAUGUAUACGUGUACACACGCACACACGUAUAUUUGAACAAAAGGUACAAAAAUCGUACAGAAAUAUUUUAUGAAAUCCAUUUUGUUGUCGUAUUUCACUGGAAACCAUCAAACGUUUCAUCUAAUUUCAUAUAUGAUGUCAUUUUAAAAUAAUACAAAUGUAAGAUGAUCUCAACGAUAAUUCUUUCUAAAUUUACUCUGAACGGAUCAAUCGUUGAUAUCGUCAAGGUGUUGUGAUUUUGUAAAGCACAGCUUAGUCUUGAAAAAUCAUCAUCUUGGAUUUACAGAAUUACAAACUAACGUACAAACGAAUCUGUUGCUUUUUAAUUGUAUAUCGAAUACGUUAUUAUUAUUUUAUCAUGACAUAACAACGGUGUAUAUACCGAUUGAUUUUAAAUGUACAGAGACCAUUAUCCAAAGAAUGUAUUAUAAAUUGUACGAAAAGUGCAACAUAAUUUUUUACGACAUAUGGAUUUCCGAUCGUUGGAAUAAAACAAAAAAAAAAAAAAAAAAAAAA